AUGCGCCAGAACACCGCGCCUGCAUCGUCUUCUGCGACUUUCCCUCAUCCACUCCAGCCAGUCGGCGGCAGUCAGACCUCACUUGCCUCGGCCGACGCUGGCUCUUCCGGCCAUAUCCCAUCAGCUGGAGCGGCGCAUACGACGCUCAUGUCGCAACAUGCCCCAGCGACCUGGUCGGCGUCUGGCAGCUCCCAGCUAACCGCCACCCACCAUCAACAGGAGCAGCAGCAGCAGCAGCAACCCGCCUCAUUGGACGACCAUGAUAUGUCCGACGUAGAUGUCGAAGAAGGCGGUGCUGCCCUGACGGCUACAUUUUCUCACGAGAGUGAUCUUCAUCCAUCUGCAGCCGAUCUCUGGGGAAAUCCUAUCUCUCCUUGGUCUGAUCCUCCCCUCAUUGACGGACCCUUUUGGCAUAUGGACUCUGAUGCCACGGCUAUUGCAGGCCCAGAUGAUUGGCAGCCCGCGGCAUCUGAAGAGGGCUCUGCGGCCGAGCCAAUGUCGUCCUCGCCUUCCCCGUCCCUUCUUCCGUUGGACCAACCACAUGGCAACGGAACCUUUGCACAACUCCCAGGCUCUGUCCCACACAUAGCGCUCUUGGAUCCCCUCCUCCAAAUGCCACCGCAAGUCCUUGCGAUCCUAGAUCAGCAGCAACAAGCAUUGCAGAUCACACCGUUGCAACAGCCCGAUCUGGAUGAUGACCUCGGCGAGCCGCACGCACCCCCUCCCAUGAGCAAUCCGAACCACCAGACACUGGGGCCUGAUAAUUUCAGCCUCGUGGACUUUCUACGCACAUGGGCUCAGCUAGGCCGAGCGCGCGAUGGGCACCCAAUUCCCAACUAUGAAGGCAUUAGCGCACUCGCCAAUGAGAAGGACGUGCACCGUGUGUCCUACCAUGACCUGAAAGGCGAUGAGUAUGAUUUCCAGGGUGUGAACUGGGCCAAAAUGGGCAUUGCCCGAACUCGAGCAAGAGAACGCCGUCGAACUUCCUACAAGAAUUAUGUAAAUAAAGCUGGCUCUGACAAGUGGCAUCCGGGUCUUCCUGACCAGUUCGCAAUUCCGCGUGAUAAUUAUUUCAGGUUCCAUAGUAUGGACUUGCGCCGCGAUCCUCUCUUGCUGCAUUUCCAGUUGCGCAACAUUCUUGCUUGUGCUUCACGUACCCGGGCUUUUUUCCCAACGUCACGCGCCAUUGCCGAGUUGGAUCCCACGACAGGGCGCGCCCGAAAAGCGAUGGAUUUCGGCAAGGACAGUGAUGUGCAGAUAUCUACCAUUGCCGCAACUAAUGAUGUCCUCGUAGCCGGCAGCUUUUUAGGCGAUUAUAGGUAUCGCAACCUCAACUCUGAGGAUCGCACAUACGCGGAAGGAAAACUCACCGAUCACAUCAGUGGGAUAACCAACCAUGUACAGAUCCACUCUGCCCGACGUUCCUCUGCGCCUUUGGCUUCCUUCACCUCGAAUGACUAUGGGUUUCGAACCGUGGACCUAACGACUAACAAGCUCAUCUUUGAGCGCAUGUAUGACGACUAUUUGAAUUGUUCGGCAAUUAGCACCGACCAGCGACUGCGUGUGAUUGUCGGCGACCACACGAAUGUCUUGAUUGCAGAUGCAGAGACGGGGGACAUUCUGCAGGAACUCAGUGGCCACAGAGAUUUCGGCUUCGCUUGUGACUGGGCACCGGAUGGCGUGACAGUGGCCACGGGGUUUCAAGACAAGAGCGUUCGAAUAUGGGAUGCUCGCCGCUGGACGAACAACCACGAUGGUUCAGGGGCUCCUGUAGCGGUCCUGCGAAUGGACAUGUCUGGCGCGAGGAGCCUGCGCUUCUCUCCCUUGGGCUCUGGCAAGCGCUUGUUGGUUGCAGCUGAGGAGGCGGAUGUGAUCAAUAUCUUUGAUGCUCUGCAUUUCAAUACGCAACAGAAGAUUGAAAUGUUUGGCGAAAUUGGUGGCACUGCAUUCGCCGAUGAUGGUCGGACUCUGCUGGCGCUGAACACUGAUCCGUCGCGAGGUGGAGUUGUCCAGUUUGACAAAUGUGACGGUGGCGCUGAGGAUGCUUUUGACACCAGCGAAUGGUAUGCAGGUUACCCCAAGCAUCUCCAGUAUCGACGCGAGUAUCCUUGGGACUGGGCAAGGAAUACGGCCGCUAUUCUGGAGCGACCAGACUCAUUAGAGACCAUGACGGAACGGAGAAGGAAAGCAGCAACAGCUUACAUGGACCUUGAACCGUUCUGA